AUGAAAAAUUGUUACCAAGAAUCGGUGGAAUUGGAAGUAGAUUCAUGCGAUGAAAGUGUCGAGGUACAAUGCAGUAAAGUUAGCAGAAUAGCUAACUUGGAUAGAUGUCGCAAGCUCAAGAAACUUGCACUGAUUUCAAAUCGCAUUAUCAAAAUUGAGAAUUUGACCCAUAAUCUAUUGCUGGAACACCUUGAUCUGUACCAAAAUAAAAUAGAGGUUAUAGAAAAUCUUGGUCAUCUCACCAAAUUAAGAAUAUUAGACUUGUCAUUUAAUGAGAUAACUGAAAUCAAAGGAUUGGAAGGAUUGGAAAUGUUGGAAGAAUUAUACCUGUCUAGCAAUAAGAUUACUGAAAUAAAGGGAUUAGAUAAUUGUCUAAACUUGACUGCGCUCGAAUUGGGUAACAACAAGAUCCGGAAGAUAGAGGGUUUGGACAAAUUGUUGAAGCUCAAGUCUCUGUGGUUGGGUAAAAAUAAGAUCACUUCAAUGAAGCUACCACAUUUGCCAUGUCUUGAGAGGUUGAGUUUGCAAAACAAUCGAUUAAAGGAAUGGGACAUGGGAAUCACCAAACUUACUAAUUUAUGUGAAUUGUAUUUGAGCCACAAUAUGUUGAGUAAUCCGCCAAAUUUGUCACAAAUGGCCUUAAAGAUAGUUGAUCUUGGAAAUAAUGAAAUAACUAGACUAGAUGAGCUUGCCAAAAUAGACUUGGUGGAAUUGUGGCUAAACAACAACUUCAUUGACAAUAUAGAGCCAUUGAAUGAUAUGAAAAAACUACAAGUGCUGUACCUUGAAGGAAAUCCGGUGCAGCAUAGACUAGGCCCAUCCUACCGCAAUCAAAUUCUGCAAUGUUGCACGACAAUUUCUCAGCUGGACGCCAAUAUAAUCUCGGACCGUGUAGCCCAGUCCCUAUAG